CCCGCCCCUCGCAUGCUCUCCGGCUUUCUGCGCACCCUCCAAGACCUCGUCUCUCAGCGCUCUAACAAUGGGGGGGGGAGGGGGAGGUCAGUCAGCCACGCCUGCGCCAUAAAGCCUAGGGGCGUGCCCAGCCGGCGGGGGGAGGUGGGGAAAAGCGACGCUAGGAGCGACGACGCCAUUUGCUGCUGCUGAGCGUGGACGCGGGCGGUUAAGACUUAGGUCGCGAGCUUCUCCCGCGCACGCUGCCUGGCCUUCAGCACCUGCUUCAUCCUGCGCUCUCUCUCGUGUCGCCCUUCGGAGCAGCGACCGCCGCCACCCGGAAAGAAGUCAGAGACGCUGCGAGGUCGCUGCCACCGCCAUGCCCAAGAAUAAAGGUAAAGGAGGUAAAAACAGACGUAGAGGUAAGAAUGAGAAUGAAUCUGAAAAAAGAGAACUAGUAUUCAAAGAAGAUGGUCAGGAGUAUGCUCAGGUGAUCAAAAUGUUGGGAAAUGGACGGCUUGAAGCAAUGUGUUUCGAUGGUGUAAAGAGGUUAUGUCACAUCAGAGGAAAACUGAGAAAAAAGGUUUGGAUAAAUACCUCCGACAUAAUAUUGGUUGGUCUCCGAGACUACCAGGAUAACAAAGCGGAUGUAAUUUUAAAAUACAAUGCAGACGAAGCCAGAAGUCUGAAGGCAUAUGGCGAGCUUCCAGAGCAUGCUAAAAUCAAUGAAACGGAUACAUUUGGUCCGGGAGAUGAUGAUGAAAUUCAGUUCGAUGACAUUGGAGAUGAUGAUGAAGAUAUUGACGACAUCUAAACUGAACUCAAGAUUUCACAUUCCAUCUUUUCUCAAGAUUGCCCUACAAUUUGGAUUUUGGCCAUGACAAAGAUUAAAAUUUCAUUAGCAUGAAUACAGUUUGUUAAAACAGACUGAUUUGUUCCUAAGGUAUUUUUAUUUCUUUUAAAACUGGUAAUGCUGAGUUAUCUUAAGUGAGAUGUUAAGCCCACUUCGCUCUUUUAAUAUAGUGGAGCUUAUGGGUAGAAGACCACGUCUACUAUUUAAAAAAAAAAAUAGAUUGCUUCUUUUCCUACCACUUCCAAUAAGAAAAUUGAUGUUUUAAAGAAAUAAUUUGCCUUGUCCUCGUUAUGGAAUAUGAUUAAGCCCGGCCUCUUGAUUGUAUAGAGCAUUGUGUAUAUUCCAAUUACCUAGGUAUUCCCUUAAGAUUUUGAUACAAUUUGAGGGAGGCAGAAAUGUGCAUUUGAAGUAAAAAAUAAGUCUUGUCAUAUUUAAGUAGCCUGUGGCUAUUUUUAUACUGAUUUUGAUAUCGUAUUCUUUUCAUAAUCGCAUUUUGCCACCAUUUCCAAAAUGCAGUUUUCAGAACUUGGGUUUUAAUAGCAAUUUUGAAUUUGUAAGCUUAGUAGUUACAGAAAUUGAACACUAGGUGGCACUCAGUUAUCUAAACAUGCGAAAGUAGAUAAAAUUGUUUUCUUUUACUAUAAGAAAUAUCCCAAACAUGAAAAGAUUGCUUUGAUCAUAUGCACAUAUGUAGAAAAUUUUUACAGAGUGGAAAGAUUGUUAAAAGUGUGAUUUUUAUUUUCAGAAGUCAUAUACAUGUAAGCUACAAUUUUGAGUGCUUUAUAAACACGAGAUAUAUAAGUGAAAUUUUAAUUUCAUAACAACUUGUAAAAAUAAAAAAAAACUUGUUGAAAACCCUUUUUCAACAUAUCCCUAAGCUCUAGGGGAAGAGGAGGGACUAACAACUCAAUGAAAAGACAGUCUCCAAUUUCUGAAUGGAAAAGCUACAGCUAAGAAAAUAAAAUGUCAUGGUUCAGAGUAUGUUAUACCCUUAUUUUUAUUAUGUGAACAGUUUUUGUUUUUUGCUUGUAUUGGGAACUGGGUUUACUGGUAACUUCCUUAUUUAGUUUUUAUUUAUCAACUAUAAUAAAACGAAACUAGGGCUGAGCUAGUUAGCCCUCACUAACCACACUGAAAUCAUAUGCAACAUUAAAAGAAGAGAUCCAUCAGUAGCUUGUGACACUUUCAUUCUAUUAGUCCCCAGGGAACUUUUCAGUGAUGAAAAGUAAUACACAGGGCAAUACCUUCACAUGGCUUCAAAAGGAGAACAAGCGAAUCUUCUCUAAUCUACUCUUACUAUAAUUUCCUAAUUACAAACUCUGGAUUCAAAAAUCUGAGGUACUAUAAAACAUUAAGUUGAAGAAUAGAAAUUAAAGAGUGCAUAUUCAUGGUUUAUAUUUCAUAUUCUAUGGAGUUCCUGAACACAUCUAGAUGGAAUGCAUCUGAGACUAAGGGCUGGUUUUUAAUCCCCAUAAGAAACCAACCUUGAAGAAUUAACAGUUGUCUCCAUCCAUAUUCUAAAUCUCCUAAGAUAUUUAGAUUUCUGUAUAUAAAAGUGUUUUUGCUAAACUUACAGUAUGUAUAGAUCCUGUCAUAUUAUUUUACUAAGAAUGUUUGAACUUGGCAUCAUAUGUGAUAUAGUUCCUGGUAGGAAUAGUACAGCUCAGACAUUAAUUUUUCUGUUUACCUCCUUUAACACAUGUGGUUUGUCUGAAGAGUUUCUGAAAAUUCAGCUAUAACCCCAGUUCAUGUAUUUGCUGGUGACUGUUCUUGCCAAGGUUAUCCUAGGAAAUCUCGAAUCAUAAUGAUUAAAAUAGUUGGGGUAAAGUUGUAGCUUAUAUCCAAUACUACUUGGAGGAAUCCUUUCACUAAUUUGUAUUUAAUGUGGAAGUUGUAUCGUUUCAUUGACGUAAUAAUAAAUAAUGGAAGUGGUCUUCAAGAAGUUUUCUUUUUCUUUUUUUGCUUAUACUUUCUGAUUCCUGUAAUACAAUGUUAUAAGCUAUGCACAGAAAGAAAAUAAAAUGUUUAAAAUCCAAGAAAAUGGUUCUUACUGCUAAGAGGGCAUAAUAGUAGUAAUGAUUUUGCUGGGGUUGCAUUUUUGAUGCAAUGUUUAUUCCACUUGCAGUUAGAAUAUGAGUAUGUUUUAUCACUAAUGAGGCUAAACCAAACCAAACAUUUGUGUUAAAAAAGAAGCCAAGAUUUCAUUGUUUGACUGUUGAAUAUUUCUUAAGCAUCUAUCCCCUGAAGAGACUGCUUCUUAUGGAGCCUGUAAACUAUGCAUGAUGGAAAUUGUUGUAUUUUAUUGAGGAAUGGCCAUUGGUUUACUCACCACAUCUGUGGAAUCAUGGCUAUAAAUGUUUGCUUACAAACUCUUUGUGACUUGUAAUUUAACUUAAUCUCAUCUAAUGUAAAUAUUAGAUUAUGAUGCUCAGUAAUAUCUUUCAUAGGUAUAAACUGCUGUCAUUAUUGACUUCAGAGUAACUCUGAAUAAUCAAAUAGGUAAAAAGCAUGUUUUGAGUAAAAUAGCUAGAUUUAUAUUUUAUUUGUAUGUGUACAGACUGAACAACCGGUAUUGACUGGAUUGACAGUUAAAGUAUCAGAAUGAAAGCGAGGUUUUUUUUUAAUGUUACCUGACUGUCAUAAAAAUGAAAAUGAUUUGUAUUGAUUGGUAUGAAAUGCUUAUCUUUAUGCUGCUUAGUAAGGGUAAGUUUUAUUUAUACUAUUUGGGCUCCCAUGAACUUCUGCAUACUGCUUUGUGUUUUUGGUUUACCCUCAACUAUCCUCCCUUUUAUCUUUGCUUCUUUUCUUCCUAUUCAGAAAGAGCAAAAUGAAAAGAUACUAGACCCUCAGGUAAAGAAUUAGAACUGAGCAAUUUGGAGAGUGUGUUGGACUUUGUCCUCUUUUAUCUCAUCCUCCCAGCCCUGCAAGUUGCUAGGUACUUGUGAGGCAAUGUACUAGAGAGGGAAGAGCAUGGAUCCUGGGGUCAAAGGGCCUGUGUCCCACCCUUACUCAGCCCUCUACCUGCAGGUGACCACUGGCACAUUCUCCAGCUCGUCUCAGUUUCAGGUUCUUCACCUGUAAGAUGGGGAUGAUGAAAGCAGUACCUGUCAUGCAGAAUUGUUAGGAGGAUUGAUAAUUUAGAUGUUCAUACUUGUACUUAGAGCAGUCUGCCUCUUUUCACUUGAUAACCCAGUACUAUGUAAGAUAGAAGAUGCAUGUCUUCUAUAUUCUGUAUUUCCCAUUUCUUUUGUGUAUACUCUUUCUUAAAAUAGAAGGAACACGUAGAAUGUAUAUUUGUAUAUUCGUGUCAACACGGUAUUUAAAAUUGCUACCAACCUCAUUUAAUUUGGCAUAAGACCAACAGAUGAAGUCUCUCAUUUGCUUGAGGAUACUUCACAAAAUAUCAACUGCUCUAUAUUUCUUUAGAGAAAGAUUAUAGUUAAUAAUAUUGAUACCUCUGAUAAUAUUUUAUUCUUGUCUUCAGUGAGUCCUUUUACUAUAGACUUCAUGACAACUAAUUAGUACUAACUGAUUUAGAGGUUUCCUUUCCCAUCAUACAGAAUGAUGUAAAGAAAUCAGAUGCAAACUAUUGCAAUUAGAAAAUAAAAUAUGAAACAACUUCCAACAA